GUCAGUUUAUAUCUAACAUUGUAUAUUUCAUUAUUUUACUCCAAUUUUUACUAUACUCUAUAACUUAACGAAGAUUCGUAUAAUCUCAAUAUCUACUUACUUUAAUUAUAAAAUGUCAGAAUUUCAAAUUGAUUCAUCCGAAUGGAAAUUUAAAUCACAAAAAGAAAUCAAUGAGCCAUCAGAUCCACAACUAGCUAUUGAUGAAUUACGUACAUUAGUUAAAGGUGAUAUUUUUUUGAAAUCAAGAAUGGAUGAUGCAUUUAUGCUUAAAUUUUUAAGAGCUAGAAAAUUUCAAGUAAAUAAAGCAUUUAAAUUGAUACAAAAUUAUUUUGAAGCUAAAGAAAAAAAUCCAAAAUUAUUCGAUUUGACUGUUUCAUCCAAGAACAAAGUUUUUUUGGAGAGCGGGACAGUUUUUAUGUUACCACACAGAGAUCAGCACGGGCGUGAAAUUUAUGUUUUUAGAAUGGACAAGGUCUUACCCGGAAUUAGCAUAGAAGAUGUUUUUAAGAUAAACUUGAUGAUUUUGGAAGUUAUAUCUGAACACCCAGAAACUCAACUUGCUGGUAUGAUUGCAAUUGCUGAUUUUACAGGAUUUAAGUGGUUGAAACACUAUCAAUAUUUAUCACCUUACUACGCUAAAAAGUCUGCUGAGGUUGUGCAAGAGAGUUUCCCGUUAAGAUUUCAAGGCUUUCAUUUUAUCAAUGAACCAUUAUACUUAUACACCGUAUAUUCAAUCAUGAAACCAUUUUUGAAAGAAAAAUUACGAUGUCGGGUUCAUUUUCACGGAAGUAAUUUCAAUUCUUUACACAAGUACAUCGCUCCAAAUAUUUUGCCAACAUAUUUUGAUGGUAAUCUGGAAUUUGAUCCCAUAACUUGGGUACAACAACUCUUGAGUAAAGAACAGUAUCUUAAAGAACUAGGACAAUAUGGAUACAACAGGUGAAAAUACAAUUCAAAAAAUAUAUGUACCAACUUAUUAUGUAUAAAUAUAAUUAUUUUAGUACCUACUACUUACCUGUAAUAUAGUAAUCGAUGUUUCGCAUCAUCUUUUUAAAUUAUAUUUAUUUUGAAAAAUGUGUUAAACAAUAGUAAAAAUAGUACAGUAAAUUAAAAUUAACCAAUCAUAACAAAUAAUAACUUAUGAUAAGAAACUUUAUUAAUUAUAUUCAGAAAGAAUGUUGUAAAGAAUGUUUCUUGUUAAAGUUAAUUUUCAAUAAUGUUUAUAUAUAAUAUGUACAAUUUUGAAUACCAUAUA